CGCCAGUUCCUUCUCUAAAGUUGAAUAUUUCGGUCCUUUCGUAAAACAUGGAGAACCGUUCUAUAUCGAAGAAAAGGAAGUUUGUAGGAGACGGUGUCUUCAGAGCUGAGCUGAACGAGUUCUUAACUCGUGAACUCGCCGAGGAUGGCUAUUCGGGCGUGGAGGUCCGUGUGACACCAAACCGAACGGAAAUUAUUUUAUUGGCCACUCACACGCAAAGUGUGCUUGGUGAAAAAGGACGCAGAAUUAGGGAACUGACGUCUGUGGUGCAAAAGCGAUUCAACUUUAAAGAACCACAGAAUGUUGAGUUGUAUGCUGAAAAAGUUGCUACGCGUGGUCUGUGUGCUAUUGCGCAAGCAGAGUCUCUUCGAUACAAGUUGAUUGGAGGUCUUGCUGUACGAAGAGCGUGCUAUGGUGUUCUGCGUUUCAUCAUGGAAUCUGGAGCAAAAGGUUGCGAGGUCGUCGUCAGUGGUAAACUGCGUGGUCAAAGAGCAAAAUCGAUGAAGUUUGUUGACGGCCUUAUGAUUCAUUCGGGUGAGCCGACUAAUGAGUAUGUGAACACCGCCACUCGACAUGUACUCCUUCGCCAAGGUGUACUAGGAAUUAAAGUCAAAAUUAUGCUUCCUUGGGAUCCUAAUGGCAAGAGUGGUCCGAAGAAACCUCUUCCUGACUAUGUAUCUAUUGUGGAACCAAAGGAAGAAGUACCCCCAUCGGUCCCAAUUUCUGAGGUAAAACCAUCGAAAGAUAUACCUCAACCUGCUCCUCUUGCUGUGUAAUGAUCAUUUGAAUAAAAAAUUAAUACAGAAAAUAA